AUGGACAACGAUGAAACGUAUGCUGAGCGGUAUUGCCAUCAAAUUGAUCACCUCAUCAAAUCCGGAUACGCAAAAAAGAUUGAUGAAUCUACUGUGGAUCACCCAAGGUCAUGGUAUUUACCACAUUUUGGAAUCGCUAACCCAUAUAAGCCAGAAAAGAAAAUAAGGGUAAUACUUGACGCAGUAGCUAAAGUUAAUGGUGUCAGCUUAAACGAUAAAUUAUUAAAAGGAACAGAUUUAGUGAGUUCAUUGAUAGGCGUUCUAAUACGCUUUAGAAAAGGAAUAAUUGCCGUCAAAGGAGACAUAAGAGAAAUGUUCUUACAAGUGAAAAUUCGCGAAGAAGAUCAAGAGUCUCAAAAGUUUUUAUGGCGCGGAAUGGACCGCGAUCGUAAGCCAGAUACAUACGUGAUGACAUCCAUGGUUUUUGGAUCAGUGUCUUCCCCAUAUACGGCUCAAUUUGUUAUGCAAAGAAAUGCUUUAACCUUCAAAGAUUCACAUCCUUCAGCUGUAGAAGCCAUCACAGGGAGUCACUAUGUCGAUGAUUACCUUGACAGCUUUGAUACAGAAGAAAAAGCUAAGAAGCGAGUCAAAGAUGUUUCUUAUAUUCAAAGAUGUUGCGGUUUCGAACUACAAGAUUGGGCCAGCAACAAUAAAUCUGUAUUGAAUUCAAUAUCUACCAAUGCAAGAGUCAAAGAGUAUGUAAAUUUAUCGAUCAAUGAGAUGCCAGUGGAACGAACUCUUGGAUUAAAAUGGUGUCCGACUGAUGAUACAAUCUCAUUUGAUCUAAGCCUGAAAAAAAUUCCUGAAUCAGUUAUAACGGGAGCACGGAAACUAACUAAACGCGAAAUGCUGAGAGUAAUUAUGUCGGUUUACGAUCCACUUGGGAUAUUGUUACAUUUCGUAAUCCGAAGUAAAAUCUUACUACAAAAUGUUUGGCGAAGUGGCAUCAGUUGGGAUGAAGAACUAAAAGAAAAAGAAUUUACAUCCUGGCGUGUAUGGAUAAGUAUGCUUGAGGAAAUAAAAGAUUAUCAAAUUCCUAGAUCAUACUGCGGAACGAGGAGCUUACCAAACCACACAGAACUACACGUGUUUUGUGACGGAAGCGAAAAAGCCUAUGCAGCAGUUGUAUAUGUGAGGACUAUUCAUGAUGACAAAACAAUUCAAGUAUCUUUCGUGAUUGGAAAAGCGAGAGUUGCUCCGCUGAAACCUGUCUCAAUACCCCGAAUGGAGCAACAAGCUGCCUUGAUAGCCAGUCGAAUUGCAAAAACUAUAGGAGAAGAAUUAAAAAUUGUACUAAUCAAGCGCACAUUUUGGACAGAUUCUCAAACUGUGCUUGGAUGGAUUCGCUCAGAUCCCCGAAAAUAUCAAUCAUUUGUUGCUCAUCGUCUUGGAGAGAUUGACGAAUUAACGAACCCUGACGAAUGGAAAUGGGUAUCCACGAGAUUGAAUCCUUCAGAUCACGCAACCAGAGAUAUCGGAAACAUGGAUAAGUCAAUGAAUCGGUGGAUUAACGGUCCUGAGUUUUUACAACGUCCCGAAUCGUCGUGGCCGGUACAACCUGUUGUAGCUGCAAUAACUUCGCCUAAGACAGAAAUAAAAAAAGAAUUCGCUGGAGUAAUCAUAGAAAAAACUCCUUACUUAACACCUAGAAUUGAAAAUUUCAGUAACUGGAUAUGCUUACUUCGCUGUAUGGCUUUAAUUUUGAUGUCACCAAACAUCUGGAAAGGAAUUCUCAAACCCAAAGUUUCCGCUGAAUGGCUGGACAAGGCUGAAAAAUAUUUAAUCAGAAAAACUCAGGAAGAUUGCUUUGGAAGCGAAAUUAAGCUCAUUAAUCAAUAUCGAACACUACAUAAAGAAAGUCGUCUCAAACAUUUGACACCGAUUGUAACUCAAGAAGGAGGGAUUCUCCGAAUUGAUGGACGGAUAAACGCAACGCGGGAGAUACUAGAUGCUGUUAAACAACCAAUCAUCUUAGAUGGAAAAAAACUAUCUUACACGUCUACUCGUUAA